UGGCACUGCUUUUGAAAAUUAUUCUUUCAAAAUAAAUUGAAUGCUUAACACAAAGUAUAAGUCGAAAGUGAAGAAAUUUUUGGCAUAAGCACGGACAAUGUCGGACAAAUAUUUGGUUUGGUUUACCUUCAGCGUUCUGCUGUAUGCGUUAACAUCCGUGAGAGCUGAAAUUACAGUCAACGCUGCAACGCCUAAUCAAAUAUCAUGGAUCGCUUUCAACUCAACGGACAAUAAAAAUUGUGAGAAAAAUGCUAGUGAUCCGCAACUUCUGACAUGCGACCUUGGAAAUGAGUUAAAGUUAGAAUUUACUUGCUAUACGAUAAAAUCGGAUAUUUUAGAAAAACGCAUUUGUUUUGACAACAACAUGCAAACAAAUUGCCUAAACGGAACAAAAACAUGUUAUUUAUAUAAUGAAAAGAGCAAAAACGAAACCGAAUCCAGAUCCAAAUUGACAUCUUCAAAGAUCGCCAGCGUAAUUGGUGCUCUAAUAUUCACCGUUGGAAUUUAUCUUGGUGCUAUCUACUUUGUUUGUAUGCAGAAAGGAGGCACUCGAACACGAAAUUUGCCAAAGCGUAGUACUAGUACUAGGAGAUCAAAGCUAGAAAGAUGUGAUGCCUUGAACAUUGAAGACACUUUUUGCUAGGCUGAAGAUUUUCCAGUGUUUAUGCAAUGCGAAAUAAUCAAUUAAUUAUCCGUAUAAACAUGUAUAAAAAAUACGCAAAAAAUGAUCGUAAAUCACAAAUUUAUUCCACGAAUUUG